UUUGUAAGCCCUUUUACCGUACAACUAAAAGCGAUUUGUAGCAAUAUCUAUCAUCCUCAUUUAGCUUUAAAUGAUGCAGUGAGCAAACCUCAACAAAAAGAAGAAAUAAUUAUCGAAGAAUGGAAAACAUAGCUAGAGAGGGCAAAGGCGAAUGAGGGCUGCUUGUAGCAGGUACAGGUGUACUUGAAAGAUGCGAUAUGCACUUCUUUCAGUACUUCUAUAGCAAUCAGACAUGAAGUACAUAUCUUUUGUGUGAUUGUGAUUCCUCCGACCUUCGUGUCAAAAUGGAUCGGUCGAGACUUCCAUCGGAGCUUUCGACCGACGAAUCAACCAUUCAGCAAGACCACUUUCAGUAUGAAGACGACGAAGAGAGAAUUAUAAGAAAUUCCCCAAACUUGAGGUUUACUAAAGACUAUGCCGAAUUCUUUAUGGAAGAGCCCGAAGCCGCCGCUCUCGCUCAAUACGAUGACUUCCAUACGAUAGACUGGGUGAGAGAUCGUCAGAGAGAUAGAGUACGAUUUCGCCGAAUGAGGCGCAUGAAGCGGGGCAGCAUCUGGGAAAGAAUCAAACAAGCUAACGACGCAUGGGGUGGCUGGCUGGUUGUGCUUCUAGUCGGACUAUCAGCUGGACUGUCAGCAGGAGUUAUUGAUGUCGGGGCAAGCUGGAUGACCGAUUUGAAACGCGGAAUUUGUCCUCAGAAUUUAUGGUUUAACGAAGAAAGUUGUUGCUGGAGCGACGAUAAUACGUUUGCUGAUGUAGGUUGUCAGCAAUGGAAAACAUGGGGUGAAAUUUUUAUUGGGGAGAGCGAGGGAGUCGGGGUAUAUUUGAUGAAUUAUAUCAUCUAUGUGCUGACCGCACUUGGGUUUGCUGGGUUGGCUGUGGUGUUGGUGAGAUGGAUAGCUCCAUACGCGUGCGGAAGUGGUAUACCAGAGAUUAAGACUAUUCUGAGUGGGUUUAUCAUACAUGGAUAUCUGGGUAAGCUGACCCUCAUUGUCAAGUCCAUGUCGAUGAUGCUUGCAGUGGCUGCUGGUCUCAGCCUCGGGAAGGAAGGUCCACUUGUCCAUGUUGCUUGUUGUUGUGGUAACUUCUUCUCCUAUGUCUUUGCCAAGUAUCACAGGAAUGAAGCAAAAAAAAGAGAGGUUUUAUCAGCUGCUGCUGCGGCGGGCGUGUCUGUCGCAUUUGGCGCACCAAUUGGAGGUGUCCUCUUUAGCUUGGAAGAGGUGAGCUAUUAUUUUCCCAUGAAGACAUUGUGGCGUGCGUUUUUCUGUGCGAUGAUAGCAGCGUUUACCCUAAAGUACAUGAAUCCUUACGGCACUGGUAAUCUGGUUAUGUUCUAUGUCGAGUAUGACACUCCUUGGAAACUAUUUGAGCUACUGCCGUUUGUCCUUCUUGGUGCGCUUGGGGGCCUCAUAGGUGCAGUUUUCAUAAAAGCUAACCUGUGGUGGUGUAAAAAGAGAAAGAAUUCACGAUUUGGAAACUUUUCUAUUGCUGAGGUUUUACUGGUCACCCUGAUAACUGCUCUGAUAGCUUUUCCUAAUCCGUACACCAGGCAGAGUAGUAGUGUCCUUAUUCAGCACCUCUUCAGGCAGUGUGGUCCAGACGAUGGCUCUCCUCUUUGUGACUAUAUUGAUAAUAACAAGACAAUAAAUGUGAAUAACCCGCACUACCCUGGUGCAGAGGCGGGACCUGGGGUUCUGAAAGCCGUAUGGCAGUUAUUACUGGCAGCUCUUUUCAAGCUCAUCAUCACUGUGUUUACGUUUGGGAUCAAGGUUCCAGCUGGGCUGUUUAUUCCCAGUAUGGCUAUUGGAGCAUGCAUUGGUCGCAUUAUUGGCAUUGGCGUUGAGCAGCUUGCCGUCUCCAACCCAGAAUGGUUGGUGUUUUCAUCCUCAUGCGGCAAUUCUAUCAGUAACUGCGUCACGCCUGGUCUCUAUGCAAUGGUGGGGGCAGCUGCUGUGUUGGGCGGAGUCACCAAAAUGACAGUUUCUCUGGUUGUGAUCAUGUUUGAACUAACUGGUGGAUUGACGUACAUUGUACCACUCAUGGUGGCUAUUAUGACCAGUAAAUGGGUAGGCGACGCCUUCAUCAAAGAGGGAAUAUAUGAUGGCCACAUACAUCUAAAUGGCUAUCCAUUCCUUGAUAACAAAGAGGAGUUCACCCAUACGACCCAAGCAUCAGAUGUAAUGAGGCCACGUAAGCAUGAUCCAGCUUUGUCAUGCAUAACUCAAGAUGAAUUUACAGUUGGUGAUCUAGAGCAAUUACUUGAUGAAACUGAGUUCAAAGGAUUUCCAGUAAUAGUGGACAAAGAAUCUCAGCGUCUUGUUGGAUUUGUGCUACGUAGAGACCUUAAAAUAGCUUUGAGGCAUGCACGCAUAAGGAAUGAGGAGAUUGUGAGCGCAUCCAAAGUCUACUUUACAGAACAGUCAACCCGGUAUGCUACCCCCGGUCAAGCUGCCCCUCUGACCCUUCGCCACAUUCUAGACAUGAGCCCAAUUCAAAUCACUGAUGCUACUCCCAUGGAGACGGUUGUGGAGCUGUUUAGAAGGGUUGGAUUGAGGCAGACACUUGUAACACAUAACGGUCGCCUUUUAGGUAUCAUUACGAAAAAAGAUGUACUGCGUCACAUAGCGACAUUAGCCAAUCAGGAUCCAGAAUCAAUACUAUUUUCAUGAUACUUGGCCUGUAGAUGGCCUGACGACUCAAGAACCCCUUGUGUGAUUAUGGCAUGCUCUAACAUGAUUUUCAAAUGCCUAUAUCUGAUACACUUCGGCAAGACUCCGUUCUUGACCUCAAAGUUGCAUAGUCUCUAUAGCCAGUCACAGCAAUUUUGGCAGUGAAAUGUAAACAUUAUCCAAGUGCUUGCCACUGUUCAGGGAACACUGAUUUGGUAUGCUAGAUUGCUCCUAAAGUGCAAUGACUGUUUGAUCUGGUAGUGAUUCACCUUUCUACACGCUCAGUCUAUCAUCUGCAAAUUUGUAUUUUCUAUCACAUUCCAAGGGUUUGCACAGACUCUAUCAGGCUAGGUCUCUUGUUGUGAUAUGACAUCAGGGUUGGAUCCAGGAUUUCAAAAUAGGGGGUGGAUAAUGGCUGGAUAGACAGCUUAUAACUGAUCAAGUGGUUCUUGGUAGGUCACUACAUAGAUCUUACAUACUU